CAGAGAUCCCCCUGCCUCUGCCUCCUGAGUGCAGGGUUUAACGGUGAGCGCCACCGCCGCCUGGCUGCUUUUCUUUUAGGUAGGAGAUGGACAGCUUCAUUCAUGGAAAUACAGGAAGAAGCUGUAUGGAGCUGUGUGCUACACUGAUCUUUCUCAGUCGGCGUGUGGCCUGACUAGGGAAGGCUGGGACAGCUAGGCAGAACGCUCUAGAUCCUCAGCGGCUAGACUGGACAGUCAGGUUUCUAUGGUAACAUAGGGGGUGCUGAGGGAGCCCUGACAGCUGUCUCAAACUGAUGUGGCAGAAGGCUUGAAAUUGCUCUGAAGGUGAGGACAUCCCCUCCCCCACCAUCAGCCACCACCGCCAGCCACCCACAUUGUCCUCAUCAGCCCCUCCCCAUCAGUGCCUCCACUUACAUCGCCUGGCCUGAGUCAGCCGCCUGCUCCACUUGGUGUAAAUGGCUGAUAAGCAGAUCAGCCUGCCGGCCAAGCUCAUCAAUGGUGGCAUCGCUGGGCUAAUCGGGGUCACCUGCGUGUUCCCCAUCGACCUGGCUAAGACACGGCUGCAGAACCAGCAGAAUGGCCAGCGCAUGUAUGCCAGCAUGUCUGACUGCCUCAUCAAGACCAUCCGCUCGGAGGGCUACUUCGGCAUGUACAGGGGAGCAGCGGUAAACCUGACCCUGGUCACCCCUGAGAAGGCCAUCAAGCUGGCAGCUAAUGACUUCUUCAGACAUCAGCUCUCUAAGGAUGGACAGAAGCUGACCCUGCCUAAGGAGAUGUUGGCGGGCUGCGGGGCUGGCACCUGCCAGGUGAUCGUGACCACCCCCAUGGAGAUGCUGAAGAUCCAGUUGCAAGAUGCAGGCCGCAUUGCUGCUCAGAGGAAGAUUAUGGCUGCCCAGGCCCAGCUCUCGGCCCAGGGAGGUACCCAGCCCUCAGCAGAGACUCCAGCUGCUCCUCGGCCCACGGCCACCCAGCUGACCCGUGACCUGCUGCGGAACCAUGGCAUUGCUGGCCUCUACAAGGGACUGGGGGCCACGCUGCUCAGGGAUGUACCCUUCUCCAUUGUCUACUUCCCCCUGUUUGCCAACCUGAACCAGCUGGGCCGCCCCUCUUCUGAGGAAAAGUCACCUUUCUAUGUGUCCUUCCUGGCAGGCUGUGUGGCUGGGAGUGCAGCCGCGGUGGCUGUCAACCCCUGUGAUGUGGUGAAGACUCGACUUCAGUCACUUGAGCGAGGCGUCAAUGAGGACACCUACUCGGGGUUUCUGGACUGUGCCCGGAAGAUCUGGAGACAUGAGGGCCCCUCGGCCUUCCUGAAAGGCGCAUACUGUCGUGCGCUGGUCAUCGCCCCGCUGUUCGGCAUCGCCCAGGUGGUCUACUUCCUGGGCAUCGCUGAGUCCUUGCUGGGGCUGCUGCAAGAACCCCAGGCCUGAGCCCAUGGCUGCUUCCCCCCAGCCUAUGGGCUGGGGCCAGAACAGGGUGACCAGCACAAGCCUGAGGAGGACUGGUCUCUCC